AUGCUCAGGGCGGCAGAAACCCGGGAGGCAAGGAUGGAGUUGGGUGGCCGCAAUCCCUGGGCUGCGCCACCCACGCAGUCCAAGAGGCUCACCUCCUUCCUCAUCCAGGACAUCCUGCGGGAUCGAUCGGAGCGGCGCGGGAGACACGCGGGCAGCCCGCAGCACCAGCCGGCCCCUAGGAGGGACCCCGCUCCGGAACCCGAGGAAGAAGGUCCCGGCGAAGCUCUGGUGGAUCCGCCAAGUAUCCGGCCCAGCCCCGCGGAGAGGCCGGCUGAACCCGAAACAGAUGGACAUUUCGAGACUUACCUGUUGGACUGUGAACACACUCCGAGAGAGUUAGCAAGUGCCCCCCAGGUCACCAAGCAGCCGCAGAAGCGUUCCCGGGCUGCCUUCUCUCACACUCAGGUCAUUGAGUUAGAGAGGAAGUUCAGCCAUCAGAAGUACCUGUCUGCCCCUGAAAGGGCUCACCUGGCCAAGAACCUCAAACUCACCGAAACCCAAGUGAAAAUAUGGUUCCAGAAUAGACGCUAUAAGACUAAGCGAAAGCAGCUGUCGGAAGACCUGGGAGUCUUGGAGAAGAAUUCAUCUUUGUCUUUGCCAGUCCUGAAAGAAGACAGCCUGUCCAGCACCUCCCUGGUCUCCGUGUAUACCAGCUAUCCCUACUACCCCUACCUUUACUGUCUGGGCAGCUGGCAUCCAACUUUCUGGUAACCCAACAGUUCAGAUGACAACUGCAUUGAUCAGAAACUGCCUUCCCUGGGGGUUUCUGGGUGGAAGAAACAAGCCAGAGUGGCUGAGGUCAAAGAGUUGGGAGCAAGAAGUGUGCAGACCCAAACUGGUAGGGGUUCCCAGAGAAUAUUCCCGAUUCUUCUCUGGUGGGCCAGUGAGAGAUCUGGGGCAGUGACUAUUUUAGUAUCUAGUCACAGUUCCAAGUGUUCUGUAGGUCACUGCUGUCGGCUCCCUGUUUAAAGAGAGCCGGACAAGGUCAAGUCUGUUUCUAGAACUUAGCGUGGCUAUUGAUGAUGCAAUGG